AUGGCCUUACCAGGGUUGUAUUGGAUUUGUGGGAAAAAUGCCUAUUCAGAGUUACCUGAACCAUGGGAAGGAACCUGUAUCAUGGGAGAGGUCAGACCCUCUUUCUUUUUGAUCCCCCUUAGUGCUGGAGUCCGGUUGGGACAUCCAGUGUAUAACAAGAAGAAAAGAGCGGUCGUCAAAAUUGGUGACUGGAAGGACGAUGAGUGGCCUCCCGAACGAAUAGUCCAGUAUUAUGGCCCAGCUACAUGGGCCCAAGAUGGGUCUUAUGGCUACAGAACUCCGAUUUAUAUGUUGAACAGGAUAAUUAGGUUACAGGCAGUGCUUGAACUCAUAACAAAUGAGACUGCAAGAGCCUUAACGGCGCUGUCCAGAACUCAAACUCAACUCCGAAAUGCAGUGUAUCAAAACCGACUUGCCCUUGACUAUAAGCUAGCCGCAGAAGGAGGGGUUUGUGGAAAAUUUAAUUUAACUAAUUGUUGUCUCCACAUUGAUGAUAAUGGGAAAGUGAUAGAAGAAAUUGCUGACAAAAUCAUCAAGCUUGCACAUGUGCCUGUACAAACCUGGAAAGGAUUUGAAUGGAUGGAAGGGUUGGGGCCAUGGUUCCAGUGGAUAGGAGGUAUACGAGGGGUCGUUGGAAUAUUAAUUGUGGGAAUUUUGAUGUGUAUUUUGUUACCCUGUAUCUUACCUUUGAUCUUACAAGGAUUGAAAAAUAUGAUGGAAAAUAUAGCCGACAGAAGAACUGCAGCACAGCUUAUGGUGUUAUAUGAGUAUAGGUCUGUUCCCUUAUGGGAUAAUGAUACUCCUUGA